AUGGAUAGUGAGGUGGUGAAGGCCUUCGACCACAAGUCUCAGUCCCACGUGGCUCUGAAGAUGGUCAGAAACGAGAAGCGUUUCCACCGGCAGGCGGCGGAGGAGAUCCGGAUCCUGGAGCACCUGAGGAAGCAGGACAAGGACUCCAGCAUGAACGUGAUCCACAUGCUGGAGAACUUCACCUUCAGGAGCCACAUCUGCAUGACCUUCGAGCUGCUCAGCAUGAACCUGUACGAGCUCAUCAAGAAGAACAAGUUCCAGGGCUUCAGCCUCCCGCUGGUCAGGAAGUUCGCCCACUCCAUCCUGCAGUGUCUGGACGCGCUGCACAAGAACCGCAUCAUCCACUGCGACCUGAAGCCGGAGAACAUCCUGCUGAAGCAGCAGGGCCGCAGCGGCAUCAAGGUCAUAGAUUUUGGAUCGAGCUGUUACGAGCACCAGAGGGUUUACACCUACAUCCAGUCCCGGUUCUACAGAGCGCCAGAGGUCAUUCUGGGUAAGAGACACGAGCGGAAAGCAGGCUUUAAUUCACAUCAAACAUAUUAACUUCCCUUUCCCUUC